CUUCGGCAUCGAAAGAGCUCCAGUCACGAAGCAAGCCGGACUUGCCUUUUCUGCCUCGAUAACCAGUUACCAGUACUCCUUAUAUAGACGGCUCCAAGAUUGCCACUCGCUUUGGUCAAAACAUGUUCUCGAAAGCCUUACUCUCUAGCGCUCUGGUUGCCUUGAUGGUGACCAAUCUUCAGAUUGCUCACGCUCACCCUUGUGGAGGCGGACCUAGGGGCCACAAGGGGCCUUACGGACCUCCUGGACAACAUGGGCCUCCUGAUUUCUCUGGCAACCCCGGAUAUCCAGCAGCUUCCGAGAACCCGGGCAAUCCUGAGCCUGCGAAUACUCAUGCUGCUCCGACUCAAUCGACUGCCGAUCCGACUGGUUCUCAGGUCUUACCCAUCGUGCAGCCGACAGGCUCCCAGGCUUCAGGAAGCGAGCAGACGACUUCGCAAACUACAGCCAUAGCGGAUCCCAGCGCUUCUGGAGCGAUGCCUACCGCUACCAUGGCAGCCGCUCUUUUAGAACAUCAGCAAGACAGCGGCUUUGCCAAGGGCCCGGAACUCCCAGCUUCAGACGCCCCGAUGUCUCUUCCUGCGGCCACCAGCAGCGCAACGGAGACGGCUCCUAAACCUGGAACAUCUAUCGACCCGACUCCACCUGCAAAUCCCCAAGGAGAUCAGCCUGCAACCAGUGGACCAGUCCCAGGAGGACCCGGAGGGUUGGGGAUCAAUCAGAAUUCCAGUGACACGCAGCAUCUCGAUGCCUUUCUGGGAGGCUCUAUCGGAUGGUUUUACAACUGGGACAGCUCACCUAUCAUGGGACAAUCUCCUACCGGGCUGGAGUACGUACCCAUGCUUUGGAGCGAUAUCCCCGAGCAAAUCACCAACUUCAAGAACGCCGCCAAGACCUUCGCCUCGGAUGGAGUCAAGGCCGUUCUCAGCUUCAACGAACCAGAAGGCAAUCGCGAUGCGGGAGGCGGCUCUGGCGUCCCGGCCGCAAUUGCAGCCAAGGUCCACAUUGAUGUAUUCAAUGGGCUGGACGGUAUAGAAAUUGGAGCUCCGGGUACGACUCAAGGGGGUGAUGCCUGGUGGAAGGAAUGGACUGCGGAAUGCGAAAAGCUUGGAGGCUGCAAGUACGAUUUUGUGCCUUUCCAUUGGUACGGCCCGGAUCCGAAAGUGUUUGCCAAGCAGCUGGAUGAAUUUGUGAACGGUCGUGCAAAGGGAAAGAAAGUUUGGGUCACGGAGUUUGCUUGUAUCGAUUACAGCAAUCCAGGAAGCCCAACCUACUGCUCUGCGGAGGAAGCCAAAACUUUUAUGGACGAGACCAUCAAGGCUAUCAAGGCGCAGCCGUCUGUCGAAAGGUAUGCCUGGCAAGGCGCUUUUGUCUGGAUGCCAGAAGACAAGUCGAGUGGACAACCCAAAUCCCAGGGACCCAUCAUGAUGAACGAGGACGGGACCCUGAACCCGCUGGGCGAGCACUAUAGGACGGUCUAG